UACUAGUAAUCUUCAGGGUAUUCCGGUAAGCUCUGAUCUGGGGAGGAACUAGGACCAUCAGAAAUCAAGGCUGUUUUCUUCCUUGGGAAACUACCCAAGGCAGCUUGAUAGAGUCUGCUACUUCUUCCUCAGCUGCCUGCAGGCUGUAAUGUCCCUGAAGACAUGGAUCCCAUAGCAUUUAUCCUAGUGCUUUGUGACAAGUAGGAAUUCAAUGACUUUAUUAAAUUGAGUUCUUUCAGCAGAAGAAUGUGGGAGAAGCAUCAGGCUAUGCAUCCCCCAAGAGCUCCAAACGGGACCCUUCAUAGAAAGUGGAAAACGGCAGCCUGGCCCUUCUCUAGGCUGUGGAGACUCUCUGAUCCAACUCUGUUCCAAGUGACCUUGGUCAUUGCUCUGUUGGCUACUGUUCUUGGUGAUUGUGGUCCCCCACCGAAUCUAUUGUUUGCUUCUCCAAUAAAUGAGUUGAAUGAGACAGACUUCGAAGCUGGAACUAUUCUGAAAUACAACUGCCGCCCUGGCUACAGUAAGACCAGUUCAAAAAAUUCCCUUACCUGUCAACACGGAGGUGUUUGGAAAUAUACUCCCUUCUGUACCAAGAAACGAUGCAGAAACCCAGGAGAAUUACAUAAUGGGCAAAUAAGUAAGACAGAUCUCUCUUUUGGAUCACGAAUAGAAUUCAGCUGUUCAGACGGAUAUAUCUUAAUUGGCUCAACCACUAGUUAUUGUGACAUCCAAGAUAAGGGAGUUGACUGGAGUGAUCCUCUCCCAGUAUGUGUAAUUGCCAAGUGUGAGGCCCCUCCAACCAUCAGCAAUGGGAAGCACAGUGGUGGAGAUGAAGACAUCUACACAUAUGGCUCUUCUGUCACCUACAGCUGUGACCCUCACUUCUCAAUGAUAGGCAAAGCCUCCAUUUCCUGCACAGUGGAGAAUAAAACGAUAGGUGUCUGGAGCCCAAGCCCUCCGACUUGUAAACAUGUUGUCUGUCAUAAGCCACAGGUUCCAAAUGGAAUCUUUGUCUCUGGAUUUGGACCCCUCUAUACUUACAAAGACGCUAUUGUGUUGGACUGCAAGAAGGGUUAUGUCCUCACAGGCAGCAGUUUAAUCCAUUGUGAAGCUGAUAACAACUGGGACCCUCCUCCUCCUGUUUGUGAGCUCAAUGGUUGUACCAACUUACCAGACAUCCCAAAUGCCUUCUGGGAACGAUACAGGUAUCAGAGGCCAACAAAAGAGGACGUGUAUAAUGUUGGGACUGUGUUGAAGUACCAUUGCCUGACUGGCUAUAAACCUGCUUCAGAUAAACCCACGGCUGUGAUUUGUCAGGAAGAUUUCAGGUGGACUCCAUACACGGAAUGUGAGGAGGUAUGUUGCCCAGUACCAGAGCUGAAGAACGGUGAAAUCUUUAGUCAGAGAAGAAGAGCUUCCACCAGCAGCUGCGUCUAUUCCUCCGGAGAAAAAAUUACAUAUUCAUGUUUUAAGAAAAAAGAGUUUUCCGCUACUUGCCAAAAAGAUGGCACAUGGCAUCCCAAAACACCAGUAUGUGACGAUUGCAUUUUUCCUGCGACCAUUGACCACGGACAUUAUAAAGAAGUUAAUGGUUUUUGGACAAAUGAGGUUCUGUACGAAUGUGAUGAAGGAUACUCUCUGGUUGGACAGGCCAGGCUCUCCUGCAAUUCUUCAGGCUGGUCAUCUCCAGCUCCUCAAUGUAAAGCUCUGUGUCCGAAACCACAGAUAGAGCAUGGACGGCUGUCUGUGGUUAAGGAUCAGUAUAUUACACCUGAAAAUGUCACCAUCCAGUGUGACCCUCACUAUCGUUUGGUUGGUCUCCAAAGUAUCACUUGCUCAGAGAACAGCACCUGGUACCCCGAGGUGCCCAUGUGUGAGUGGGAGAUCGCUGAAGGCUGUGAGCAAGUGCUCGCAGGCAGAAAAAUCAUGCAGUGUCUCCCAAAGCCGGAGGAUGUGAGAACGGCCCUGGAGCUGUAUAAGCUGUCUCUGGAGAUCAAACAACUAGAAAAAAAAUUAGAGAAGGAAGAGAAAUGUACUCCGGAGGUGCAAGAGUAAUUUUUCCCAGAAGAGGGAGAAAAAUGUACCUUGCUGCCUUCAACACAAUAUAGAUCACUUCAGUUUAUCCACUUUACCAUCUCUUUUGUGCCAUCACUCCUGGUAAUAAAUAUCUAGAAAGGAUAAUUGGUUAAUGUUUAAUGCUUUGAGAUUAGAAUUAUCGAUUAGUGCUUCGUAGAAUUAUUGAUCAUCUCGUGACAUGUUUUUGCUUUCCUGGACACAAAGUGCUCAUUUUUUUCUAUUAAAAAUUUACAUAU